AUGAAUCAGCAUGUCGAAGCUCCAGUCUUCGUUCCUUCCAACAUCAAGAAUCAAGAUUCUACAACAUCGUCCGAUGACUCGGCCUCGACCAACUCCCCAGACCUGUUAUGCCUCAGAGGAUCACGAAUACUUUGUACUCCGGCAGUACCAUCACCACUCCUGGCCGCCCUGAGACUCGGUCGCCCGAAUCCAAGAGCCAGUGUCAACACGACCACCGAACCGGAUUCUGGAUGGUCUACUGCAGCAUCACCGCUUUCUUUCGAACAAUUAUACAUGGAAAAGGCAUAUCUGAUGUAUUCAUUGAGCAAACAGGGCGAACGCGAGAUCAACCUCAUGCGAAGGCUGUCGAUACUCCAGGAGAAUGUUGACAGUGGGUUGCCCUCUGACGAGCGCCGCAAGGCAAGAAAGAAGAUAGCUCUGCUCAAGAGCAAGAUCGUCGAUGCCACGGCACAAAAGAAGAUCAUCCUCCUGCGGCUCGGCGAUAUAUACGUGGAGCUUCAGAGCCGCGAGACCUGGAUGCAGAUACAACACGAACUCUACGAGAGAAGAUACGCAUGGUGGUCCGUCGAUUCACCCAGUGCUUCCGCUUAUGCUACAACACCGUCCGAUGUAACAUCGAUGAUACCGACGCCACUGAACGCGGCCUCCCCGGUAUUCUUUCCCGCGGGAUGUCAUCCGGUAUACAAUACGUGGGACGUAGCGGCUCCUCGCUUUGGAGAGCAUUGGUAUGAGGUGUAUGAUACAAGGCCAGCUGGAUCAUGGGCCGAUUUUGGUCAACAUCCUGAGGUUCUUGCGGAAAACUUGGGGAAUCAUGGCUUACAAUUUGUUUAUGGGUUGAGGGCGGGGGAUCCGCGGCAGGAUGGUAUCAAAGGCCAGGACCAGAAAUCAAGCCAGGAGAUUGAAACUCCGACAUCGGGCAGAAGAAGUAGUCUACCCUCGUUGAAAAGCCUCUGGCCAGGGGUUGAGGGGCUACGCAGACCAGGCGAAAAGGAGAACGAGCCAGUAUCGCAGGUCUAUCAGAACUAA